GAGAAAGAGAGGAGAGAGCAGCGGAGGAUUUCACACUCAAAUGUAUUUGACCUUCUUUGUGAAAUCUGGAAAUCUGUGGAGGGUAUCUGGCAGCAAUGAGCUGUUGAAUGUUUGAGACUUGAGGGAUGGACCUGGAGAAAGUGUUAUAGCAGAACGGUCCUACAUCAGUGGACCUUUCAUUAUUGGAGUAAUCAUCUGAGAAACUCUGGUUUGGAAUUAAACUCAGCGGGACAUAGGACGGCUCCUUGAUUUGUCAUUGGAAUACACUGACAGUAUAUGCACUUGUAAAAAAAUACGGUGGGUGUUUUUGUUUUUAUUUAUCUACCUGGACCUCUGUAUGGGAAGAAACGUGAAAGAGAGGACUCUCAGAUUGGUCAUUGGAAUUCAUUGACUUUCAGUACAGUAACUGCUCUAGCUACCAAAAAAAACAGGAGGAACAGAAGGACAUCUCUUUUUGCGUAGAGAACUGGUAGAAAAGGUAUCAGAUAGCCCCAUUUCCCAGGAGGGCUCCCCUCCCUGCCCUCCUAGCCUCCCCUGUCCCCAGCAGCAUGUCCCAGGCUGUGAGGCUGAUUCCAGUCCUCCCCAAACCACUCUACCAUGAGCACAUGGGCUGCUGGAGGGAGUAAGGCUGCCUCUGCCUGGUCCACCUCUGGGUCUUGGUUUAGGUCUGGCUCUGGGUCCAGAUUUAGGUCUGGUUCUGGGUCUGGGCUAAGGUCUGGCUCCAGCUCCAUCUCGGGGUUCUCCUUUUCCAGCCUGUCACUGUCUCUGCUGCUAGCACAGCUGCUCUCCCUUUCUGUCCCUUUGGUUGUCUGUCAUCAACCUCUCUACAAAGGCAGGAACCAGCCCCACAGCCCCAACAGCACUCUUAGUGCCCCGGUGAACAGUUCCCUGGCUGGGUCCAGGAUUGGAGGAACUGGGCAGACUGGGGAUCCCUUAGGAAGGACAGGGGGUCCACUUGGGAGGCAUGUACGCAGCUACAACCACCUGCAGGGAGAUGUGCGGCGGAGAAAGCUCUUCUCCUUCCAGAAGUUCUUCCUGCGGAUCGAUGAGUAUGGCAGAGUCAACGGGACCAAGAGCAAAGAUGACCCACUCAGUAUUCUGGAGAUCACAUCAGUGGAUGUGGGCGUGGUGGCUAUCAAAGGACUGGGCAGUAACUACUACCUGGCUAUCAGCACCAAGGGAGAGCUGUAUGGAGCGAAAGAGUUUGGCAUUGACUGCACACUGAAGGAACGUAUUGAAGAGAACGGCUAUAACACCUACGCCUCAGCCGAGUGGAGGAACAAGAAGAGACAGAUGUUUGUGGGCCUGAGUGUCCACGGGAGGCCACUGAGAGGGAAGAAAACACGGAGGAAGAAUACGGCCACACACUUCCUCCCCAUCAUGGUGUGAUGAUGAGGAGGAGCUUUUUACUGGACUAGACCCUGUCGGAGAGCUAAUUCAGCACUGAACAAUCUUUCAACUAAGGAUAAGAAAGGAAUCUGGACAGAGAGCAUCUGAACUAAAAUACAUAUUUUGUCUAAGGAAGUUACUUAACUGCAUGCUGCCUCCCACUGGGCACGGACGUCAAUUCAACGUCUAUUCCACGUUGGUUCAAUGUGAUUUCAUUGAAAUUACGUGGAGCAACGUUGAUUCAACCAGCUGUGCCCAGUGGGGCUGCUUCUGACUUUGCUUGAGAUGGUUUAUUGGUUUGGGGGAUGGACAGUGUUUUCUGUGGCACAUGGUGAAAUAUAAACUCUAUUCUGUGCCAAAUCAUUGGAAGGAGGUGGACUGAAGGAGGA